ACACUUGUCAGUUCACACUUGUCACAUCAAUGUUUUAAAUGUAACGGCUAUUUACGUUUUCCAUUAUAAAGAGUAAUUUCUUACUUCUUUGAAAAUGGAAAGUCCACCUUUAUUUCUAGUUGAUGAGAGAAUAAAAACAUUUAAGAAAUGGCCCUUUGGUGAUAAGAAUAAAUGUAAUAUUCGUAAUAUGGCCGAAGCUGGUUUUUAUUCGGUGGCAACAGGAGAUGAAGACGCGGAUGCUGCGAAGUGUUUCCUCUGUGGAAAAGAAUUAGAUGGUUGGGAAGCCAGCGAUGACCCUUGGGUGGAACAUAAAAGCCAUGCCGCUAAAUGCGCAUUUGUUCAGCUAGGAAAAAAAGAAGAUGAGUUGCUACUUUCAGAAUUCCUGUCAGUCAUCAAGCAGUACAUGAUAAAUGAAACUAAACGUACAGCAGAAUUAGCAAAAGAAAAAAUUGAGGAAAAAGCAAAGUCAGUAAGACGAAGGUGCUUAGGAAAAAGUAAAUAAAUAUGUAGCAUGUGCGUUCAGCACAUUAUUAGAAGUGAAGAAUUGCCAGUUUGUCUAAUCCAAACAAAACCAUUAACUGUAGUAUUGUUGAUAUAAUUAAACAAAAACUCCUAUUUCUUUAAAGUUCUUACAAUUAUUAGCCUACCAAAUUUCACCUCAACUAUACAAAUAGUAGAGGUGAUUUUAAAGGGACAGUCAUAAUUAAAUUUUAACACUAAGUACAGUGAGAAGGAAACUGACCAAACACUUAAAUUGUUGAUUUUUUUUAAUCUUGGUUAUAUUGUUAUCAAUUUGGGUUAUACUAAUAUACAUAAUU